GCAGAGGCGGGCAGGACUGAAGCGGAGCCCGAGAAUGGGGCGGGAGGUCCCAGGGUCUCGGGUUGCGGGGUGGAGCAGCACUUCGUCGCCGCUGGGGUGCCGGGACUCCAGCCGCGGUGCCGCCGCCAUCAUGGACUUCCUGCGGGCCACGCGCGCGGGCCUCGCCGCCAGAACGGUGCCUCAUCCUCGAGGGUACCAUCCCUCAGAGCGAGGCAGCCGGGGGAGUCACCGUGAACACUAUCGGAGCCGAAAACAUAAGCGACGAAGAAGUCGCUCCUGGUCAAGUGGUAAUAACCGGACACGACGGCGGCGGCGAGAGGACAGUGACCAUGUCCGGAGGAGGCGCAGCCGGACAUUUAGCCGCUCAUCUUCGCAGCACAGCCACCGGAAAGCCAAGCGUGUAGAGGACCACGCUGAGGGCCGCCUCAUCUACCACGUCGGGGACUGGCUACAAGAGCGAUAUGAAAUCGUUAGCACUUUAGGAAGGGGGACCUUCGGCCGAGUUGUACAAUGUGUUGACCAUCGCAGGGGUGGGACUCGAGUUGCCCUGAAGAUCGUUAAAAAUGUGGAGAAGUGUAAGGAAGCAGCUUGAC